GCCGGGCGUCUCGACGCGGCAGCACGUUGCGUUGGGGGUUUCAGCACGCGGCUUCGGUCGCGUUCUCAGAAUUCAGUAUACAUUCUCAAACUCACCUUCUUUCUUUCUCUUUCUCUCUUUAUCUGUAUUGUUUGAGCAACUGUCACUCGCGUCUCUCGUUUCACUGUUUUUCAACCGUCGUUCCAGCCACCCCCGCGCAGCCCUUAUCAACCUUCUCGAGAAUUUGCGGUGGGAUCCGCCCACGCGCGUGAGUGACUUUUCCUUCCCCCUCCGACGCUGAUAUCCUCCCCCUUCCCUGCCUUGCCUCUCCAUUGCGCAGGAAAACAGCGUCGCGACGCGUGCAGUCGCGUUCGCCGAAGUCCCGAAACCGGGAGCGCUUUUUGGGGAUCAGUGAGACUCGCGAGAGGAAAACUGGUCUUUUUUUCCGAUCUUCUUUUCCCUCUUUAUCUCGAUUUUUUCUCACGUCGCACCCUGUUCGACCGCGCGCCAAGGUAUGGCGAGACCUGUCGUUAUGGGGGAGGACCUGCCCUCCGGAGACGCCCGGCGCGGUUAGUUCCAGGUGUAACCGAGCGGGUUUGCGAAGGCGCGCCAGGUAUCGCGCCACACCGCGGGGAUUUGCGAGUGUGAGGGCUGAAUUCGAGACGUUUUGUUUCAACGACGAACGCACGAUCUGUCAUCCCUGAUCAUCGGAAUCAGUUUGAGAAGAUUUACCUGCCUAUUCUACUGCCUGCUCUGUCAUCCGCAGCUUGUCAAUCGUGACAGUUAAGGUGUCGCGCACCCUUUUACAGUGCGGGCCACAGUGUACAAGUGAUUUAUCCGAUCGUGUGACUGUGUCGAUGAUCGUAUCUAUGACGAUUGCGAGUCAGCCGAUUGCUGCGAAGUGUCGUGUGACGGAUUUCUCUGUCGCAUCUUUGAUUCCCGAGUGAUUCGGAGUGACGUUGUGCAGUGACAUUGUGACGACCGGAACAUCCUAAUCGUAAAGGAGAAUUUUAAAAGCGAUCGCGGUUAUGGCUGUGACGAGAACGACGAUGUUUCGACCAGACUGCGGGAGUUGCGAUGACGGCCGAGGGUCGCGAAGGUGCCACCCUCGAACGGGAACGAGAACCGGCGGUCACCGGGCAUCAAAGGGAUCAUUUGGCGUCGAAAGUGGAUCGGUUGCGGCGAAACGCGGUGGUUCCGGCAAGUUCCUUCUGGUUGGCGCUGUCCUGGCCAUACAAUUUGUUGGCGCGGCGGCGAUAUCCAGCAAAGCGGGCAGUGAUAUCAAAGUGGACUUUAAAAUGCCAGAAGAGGCUGUGAAGGGUUCCUCGAUCGAUCUGAAAUGCGAAUGGCGAAUACUGAGUGGCAGCUAUCUCUACUCGGUCAAAUGGUACAAGGAUGAUCACGAAUUCUUUCGAUUUCUGCCGGAGAGCAGUCAAACCCAGAUAUUUCCUCGCCCCGGCGUAAAGGUCGAGGAUUCAACAUCUUCACUCAAUGAAGCAAACCGGGACAAAGUCGUGCUCCGACAUAGUACAGCAGCUAAAGCAAACAGAACUAUUAAAAUGGAAAUUUCUUUGUGCGAAUGUACACACUUGCGAGAAGGGACUAACUUCCGCACAAGAUUUUCGGCACGUCGUAUACUCGAGACGCGGCUCGAAAACAAGCCAAGAUCGAACAGCGAAAAGAAAUCUUCAAUAAGAUUGAAGGAUCUCAUCCUCGAAAGCUCGGGCCAAUACAAAUGCGAAGUUUCCACCGAGGCGCCGUCCUUUGCCACCACUUAUCAGACGGCCAAUCUGACGGUGAUUGUGCUUCCGGAGGGCAAACCGGAAAUCACAGGCCUGUCCCAGAACUACGCCGUCGGUGAGAACGUGACUGCCACCUGCAUCACCUGGCCAUCCGUGCCUAAGGCCAAUCUACAUUGGACCAUCAACGACGAUCCGGUACCACACGAGAAUAUUGUCCAGCUUCAGCCAAUGACGCCCACGAAUAGCCAGGGCAUUCCGAACAGUCUGGGGCUAAGAUUGGAGGCUGAACACCAACACUUCGUGAGCGACGGCAAACUAAUAAAGAUCAAAUGCAUCGCCGAGGUGGGCUCACACAAGUACGAGACCGAGCGCACAGUGCAGAUAGCAUACGUAAACAAUCAGAGGCUCAGCGCCGGUGAUCAUAUGCAUGCGUCCGCGCGUAACAUCCGCACCGAUCUUCUAGCCAAACUGCUGACGGCGAUCCUCGCCCUCGUCCUGCUCACGACGUGACCUACCGGUUUUCUUCUCGCGUGAGUCGGCUUCCACGAACGGAAAUCAUGUUGCAACGCGCGCGCGAUUGCUUCAGGAACGCGCGGCGGAUUCAGUGUCAGUUGUCCGAUCCUUACUUAUAUAAAAGUUAGGCUUAGCUAUUAAGCGACGAUACACUCAACGAUCGGCGAUUAAUCGAUCAACCGGCUCGCUCUCGAUCUGAACGCGCUCCACGACGACACCAUCAUUGGCAAGUUCUUUAGAAGCAACACAUAGAAGAUGAAAAUCUUGUUGAGAUAAAGCGAUCGUAAUGAAAGAAUAAAUUCUUACUAAUUAUUAUAAUGCGGAUUAAUUAUUUAGUUGGUGUUCGAAAAUAUUAUUACAUUAAUUUUAUUAUUAUUUUAUUCCAUAUUGUUGUGUAAAUUAUUGUUAUAUUUGAUUUAUCGAUUCGUAUGAAGAGUCGAGGGAUUGUUUGGAAUCGAUAUUACUGCAACGUUAAUUUUGUAGCUAGAAAAUUUGUUGCACGAGCAUCCUAACAUAUUUUAAGCGACUUCCUAGAUCAGUAUUUCCCAUUAGGCCGAAUACUCAACCGAAAGUUUGCCCAUAAUUUUCGCGGCGGUUCCUCUCUCUCUUCGAUUUCUCCUUAUCAUAUUUAACUCUCAAUCCUUUUAACGAGUUCCAGAUCUGGAAGACUCUUUAAAGUUCUCAUCGAUUACGGCCCAUAGUCGUCAUUAACUUUUCAUUCGAGUUUUAAGUUUUACUGCUAAUAGCAAAUGUCGCGAGUCAGAUAGAGCGAGCGCAAAGUUGUCGAAUAAUAAUAACUAUCAAUUGAUACCUCGACAAUUUAAGUUUCCAGAUUUAUAUAAUUCUUAUCCUCCUGGUACUUUCUCUCUUACAUUCGUUUCAAGUUCUCGACAUUUAUAAAUAAAAUUUAGAGCGCGAAUUUGGAAAGUUACACUUAAUUCGUAUUUUACUCUAUUUUCGUAAUAGAGUUCAUUCUACUUUACUCCGACAAUUACCGUUAUGGGGUUUAGACAGAACUAACUGUACUUCAUACAGCAUACACGUUAUACCGCGGAGAUAUAAAUUCUGGUGCAGCGCGUGCAAAUUCCGUUUUACGACACGCGUGAGAUUAACUAUCGAAACGCAUAUAAGUCGCCACACAACUACGAAACACCCCUGCGAAUUACGUAUAAAUCAAUAAAUGGAUUUACUACGCCGAGGUACUAACAAAAACGAGAUUAAUAAUUCGGAUAUCUCGCAUUGCAAAAUUGCGAGUGCGCGGUUGCAUUUAUAGAGAUACGAAUAAUAUUUUAUUGAAAAAGAGGAUCUCUCUGUUAUACAGAAUCAUGUAAAAGUUUAAAUUCUCGAUUAUUUCGACAAAAACAAUUUGUACGACGUGGUACGACGUGAAUAAUGAUUCAAUAGGAACGAAAAUUCAACCGUAAUUUUGCCGUAAUGAAAAAAUAUAAUGUCGAAUUUAAAAUUAGUACAUCAAUAUUUUAGUGCCAGCGCGAAAUUCGUUCAGCAAAAGAUUUUUAAUUAACAAGUCAAUGGAAUUUUUCUCUUUGGAACUUUUUGAAAAAUUUAAUCAGCCGCGAAAAUACUAUAUUUUCCAUAUCCGCAAAUGAAAUUACUUUUCAAUACGCGUGAUUAUCGUUUCAAAGAAACAAUAUUUUUAUACGAUCGUAAAGUUGCAUAACAUUUUUCAUGGAUACACAAUUGGGCGAAAAAUUUGGCGAUCUCUGAGCGAUUUCUACACGUCACGUACGAUCAUCCGACAAAUCCGACGGAUUUUCACUUCGCCAGAUCUAGCCUGACCGUUGCAGUUUCAUGUGUUUCGUCGCUGAAAGCGUUUGGUCGCGAGAAGCGAGCUCGGGCGUACGAGCACGAAGAAAAGAAGAAAAUCCUAAGAGAGGAUUCUGCGAGAGAGGCGGUCCAUUCGACCGCCCUUCAGAGAGGACGCUACAAAAAGAAGAGCAAGCGUGACAGGAAAGUAAGAGAUUGUGAGUGAGAGAGCAAGUGCGAUACAGAGAAAAUGAAACAAAGUUCGCGCGAAGAAGCAAAGGAAAAAAAUACAACAGGACGAACAGGGAGAUACAUUGUGUGUGAUCCAGGCGGAGAUGCGAAGUUUGACUUCAAGAAUGAAAGUAGGUGUGAUAUUAUAGUAUCUAAGAUACGAGACUCGUCUGUGUAUUCCAAAGUGGCCAUCUCCGUCUUUGAUUCCUCUCUCUUGCUUUUCGAAAUUAUUAACUGUAUAAAUUUUUCAUUUCGCUGUGAACAAUUAUUUUUUUCAGCAAAUUUAUAGAAUUGUGUUACGAGAUCUAUUCAUUGUCUCAUCUAAAUUCAUAUAAAGGUUAAUAAUAAAAUGAGUAAAGGGUACAUUUAAAUUAACAAACAAUAAAAUAACAAAUUAAAAUUUUUCCUCAAAUUAUUGAACCAAUAAUUCCGUUCGCUGAUCAUGUUUACUUGAUAAAUGCAGAUUACUAUCGUGAAUACCGAAGAUGGCCGAUUAUCGAAGAAAGCGAGUAACUAAUGGAAAUAAAUAGAAUGCUGAAGCGCGUGCACGAGUGAAAACGUGAGAAUUAACGCGACUGGCCUCGCCGCACAUAUCACAACACCAACAUACACGUUAACACGUGCUUAACACACACACACGACAACAUCGCGCACAUACACAUACCGACGCGCGCAGGUACGGCUGGAUUAAGAGAUGGAAGGAGCAACCAACCCCCGCAGGGUGCGCAGGAUACGCAUAUAUCACGAGACGAUUUCCUUUUGAUCGCUAUCGCUCAUCGACCCGAGCGUUAUUUAUUGGUUGUAAUAAUUUACGAGUUCGUGAGAGAGAGAGAGACACGCUCUACCGCGCGCAUAAACGUCGCUUCCGGCGAUAUUCAACCGUAUCAUUGUACUUGUAUGUGUAACGUCUAUGUGAAAUCCAUUCGCAAAACAUUUCGGCGCACUUAUCCAAGAUCCAUCCAUUCCCGAUGAAAGUGCCAACAAUUCUUCUCUCGCGUAUCGGUUUUUCCGCAUAUCGGACGUAUUUAUGCGAACGACGAAAGAAUUGUAAAAAAUGAUGAUACACAGCAUGCUCAUGAUAUGAGAAAACAGAAAAGAUAUUUUCGAAAAAUGUGUUCGUGUGUAUAAUUUCAAAGCACAUUUUUCAUAAUUCUUAUUUCAUAGAGAUGUUCAAUCGUUUGUUGAUUAUUGUUUCACCUUGUGCUAUACCUAACAGGAUUAUCUUAGAAUUAGAGAAUUAGAUGUUUAAUACCUAGAGAGUUCUCUUUAACAAUAAUAGAUGAUAUCGUCAUGUAUCAUCGUUAAGUAUCAGACAUAUAAUUCUCUAAAAUAAUCCUGUUAAGUAACACGAUUUGAAACAAUAAUUAAUAAUCGGCCGAAUAUCUCAAUGGAAUAAGAAUCAUGAAAAAUGGCUUUUCCCAUUUUGAAAUUAUUCACACACAUUUUUCGAAGAUGUCUUUUCUAUUUUCUAACGUAUUUACAAUAACUAUAUACUUUGGUUUUAUAGAUUUAUGAAAUUCAUGCGAGACCAAAACUUGCGGAGGACAGUUUAUUCUGUCAAAUAAACCGAGUAAAGAUAUAUUGAAGAUGGAAUAAGUAUAGAUUGCUCGUUAAUAAUAAACCAUUCAUCGACACAACUCAAGUUUACAAUAAAAGCAGUUCGAAAAGCUCGGAUUGACGCAUCUCGAUUAAAGUAUCAUUUAAUUUUACAGUCAUUAUUGUAUUUGUGUAAUUAUUACUUUUUUGCAAUUUUGAAAUAUCAGAGAAAAUUUGCUACUAACUUGAUAUCGCUACGGUUAAUUUCUCCAAUUAAGCAAUUUGUAUAAUCUCAUGAAUUAUUUUACGCAAUUUAUAUAUACAUGUAUAUCAAAACAAAUAUUAAGUAUUAUAUUACCAUAAAAUUUAUUUUCCUAAUUAAAUAAUUUAAUUGCAACGUUAUUUUCUCCUUUACAAAACAUUAAUAUCGUUUUCUAUGUCCAACAAAUAAUUCCAUAUGCGCUUUGUUAAUUUUUACUUGGCAAAUGCAAAUAAUUCGUAAUAAUAUUCCAGAAAAAUAUCCUAAUUGUGUCAGUAAAAUUAUAUGAUAUUGUUUAAACAGUAUCAACCGAUCGUGAGCAUAAGUUACGUUGUCGAAAGUUAUCUAUAUUUGCCUAAAGUUAUUGAUGUCGCAAAACGCAGCUGGUCCCAGGUAAAUGCUUAAAUCGACAGUGGUAAGAAUUUUCUUUGUCGGUCGAUCGAUAUCCCAAUUUUACGAUCCGUCGAAUCGCGAAAGCCGGAAGCAGAUUCGAGGAUCCCAUUUGCCGGUUAGAUCCUUCGUAUUUUUUAGAAAGACUUCAAUGAAUUCUUAGUAAACUUAAACACGGUAAAUGUUUUCCAUUUCGACGAUGAAAGCUAUUCUCUUCAAAAUUUUUGUGUAAAAGAUUUUCUAUUUUUGUGACAAAAUUAGACUCUCGAUCAAGAGAGUUCAUUACUCAUAUAUAAAAUUAAUCAUAGAUAUAUUUCUCGACCUGCUUUAAAAUUAUAUAUGGAUUAGUACAAUAUAAAUUCAGAACUAGCGCUAAUUAAUAAUUACUUGAAAAAAAUAAGAAUUUAAUAAAAAAAAUUAUGUUCUUUUCAAAAUUCUGUGAUUGGAAGGAAAAGGAAACUUUAAAAUACAGAUAAUAAAAACCUGCAAGAUUUAUCUACGAAGGUAUUUUGAUAGCACAGAUCGAUAUUUCAAUUUUACAGUCUGUCGAGCAUCAAAAUUCGAAGACGCGCGGGACUUCAACCGAAGAAUGUCCUCGAGAUCCCGCUCGGAUCCCGCAAAUUUGCGUCUCGUCGUAGAAUCCUUUACUGGAUUCCUUGAGGAAACUUUAUCUUUCUUCGUGUGUUGUUGAAUCUUAUUUUUACGAAUGAAGCAAAACUCAGAACAAUAUUUCCCAGAAAAUUUACAAUACAUUUUCUUUGUUUGUCAUCAAUUAAAUAUACAAACCCGUGCAAAAUUCAUAUCUCAAACAUAGAAAACUGCUGAUCUCAAUUCAAGAUAUUCUAACAUUCUUCAAUUUCCUAUAUUUCUCAAUUUAUAUCUGUCAAUGUAAAAAAUAAAAAGAAUGUGCGCAACUGAAAUCUAUCGUGAUUAUAAAAUAAUCUUCAUCAAGAAACCUGCCAUCUUUGCCAUCCAAGUAAGCACAGCCACUGCCAUUAAUCGGGAACAUGUAUUAAAAAAGUAUUUCGUAAAAUUUUUAAGAUAACUUUAACAAAAAAGAUCCGCAUUAAAAUUCUCAUCAUAAUCAACUCACAGAAAGAUGAGACUCACAGAACAUCUAAAAAAAAAGGCAAUAUUAGAAAAUCAAAACAAUAGUGUUUAGACAAUAUUAGAUCUUAUUAAAAUCAAUCUUCUUUGAGGAAAAAAGAGAAUAAGUGUGAAGCCAUUUUUACAGAUCUACAUAUGUCCGCACACGCUGUUCAGAGGUUAACAGUCGUAAACAUUUCUUUUAUUCGCCGAGCUUCAUCCGAGCGUGUCGGUGAAUCCGAUAAAAUCGUGGAUCGAAGAGCAAAGCGAUAGCCCUUUGUAUGAGCGCGAUCAAUACCUCGAUUUUAUGGACCGACGAGCUCUGAAAGCCCGCGAAAAGCUCGCGUAUUCCGAAUGCGUUCUCUUUCUCUCUCUCUCUCUCUCUCCCUCUCUCUCUACUUUGCACGUUUUCUCGUUUCCUUUCUUUACUCGAUCGCACACAAAUGCCACGAUCGCGGUACAAAGUCCGACGGCCUUAAGAAGUCCAAGAAUAAGGGGCACAUAUUUUUGCAACUUUACGCAUUUAAAUUGCGUAAGCUUAGUUUUGAUAACGAUCAAAUUAUCGAUUGUGUCUGCAAAUCCUAAUUUUACACGAGCACCCUGCGGACAUGCACAAUGUAACCGUAAUUACGCGCGCGCACCAACACAGGUAUACAUAGUACACAUAAAACAUACGCUGCCGGUCUACGAGAGCGUUAGAUAGGAAACAAAGAGCCCCUCUAGCGAUACAGCGUUUAACAUGUAAAUCGAUAAAGUAUUAAUUUAAUUAAUUCAAGUGUUAAUCUCCCUGUAAUUAUAAGAGAGCACCCUCGCGAGCCACAAUCGAAUCUCGUUAGCACGUGUAGCGUAUUCAUUCGAUAUAAUCGUGGAUCGCGAAGGUACGCUAGGAAGGGCCGCGGGAUUACGAUCGAGUUGGAUUAAACUUCCCUGAAAACUCGAGAUCCCCAAUUAUCCUCCAUUGCGUUAAGAAUUGUCAGCUUUCCGAAGAAGCGGGGCAAUUUUCUCUCUCUUCUUCUCUAAUAAAAUUAAAUUAACGUUUCUCUUUCUACUUUCUUCCAGAUAAUCAAAACUACAUCUAACUGCAAUUUGUACUAACUUGUUCUCCGUGGUAAGUUUAAAUCGAUCGAAUGAUUUCGGUCGACUACGUAGAAUUAUUGAAGCCAUAAAGAGAAUAUGAGCUACGUAAAAUCUGUCAAAUCUAUCAAAUAGAUCAGUAAAAUCCAACGCGAACGAAUCCACCUUCUACUUGUCGCAUUUCGUAUUUUCAAACUCACGGAUGCACUAUUGAGAUUUAUGGCAACUUUAAGUAAAAAUUGUGCUAGGGAUACUAUAUAGCGUGAUCACACGAUGAAAGAUUAAAGGAUUAAAGUAAUACUAGUUAAGAUACAUGAUGCACAAGAUGUGCACAAGAUGUUCCAUCGUAUGUAUUUAAAAAAAAAAAUUUAAUUAAAUUUGUGAGGUAUAUUUUUUCUCUCAGCAAAAAUUGGAUGAAAAGUUUGAUUAAAAAUUGAUUGUAUAUCAAAAAAUAAUAUCUAUUUUGAAUAGAAUUUCUCUAAAUUCGAUAUCACAUACAAAACAUUGUUAAUAAUUUAAAAUAUUCUAUGAAAUAUGUCGUAUUGAAAAGAUACGGAAUAGAAAAAAAGAUAGCGAUGGGACAUUCUGUAUGUAUGUACGCAUAUAAGAGAGGCGAUCUCGCGAUGCGGGGAGAAUACUCAAUUAAAUAUUUCGAUUAAGCGCGGUCGGCGAUUAGGAUAAUUGACCAUACACCAUAGUGCGAGAAGGCGAGAACGGUAAAUAUUCUUUGUGCAAUGUAAACAUACAUUAUAUGAGGACCCCACCGGGAAGGAUGGGGAGAGAAAAUUCGACCGCGUGUGUAAACACGCGAGCACUCUAUGCGUGCCGGCGUGCCUGCGAGGCAGUUAGAUGUUUAAAAUGUAAUGCACAGAAACGCGUGGACGUUUAUAUACGUUUAUGUAAGUAACAUUAAUUGUAAGAUGAAUAUAUUGACGAAAAAAGAGAAAAUUCAAAGAUUAUAUAUAUAUAUAUAAAUAUGAAGAAAAAAUAUAUAGAUAUACAUAUAUAUAUUAUAUAUAUUGCAAUAAUUGCCACUGUAAGUUGUCGGAGUGUUUCACGCGUACAUAUAUAUAUAUAUAUAUUGUAUAUCAUUGGAUAUAUUUUAUAGGUUAGACCAUACGUUUUUGCUAAACCGACGAAUCCAGCGAUGAAGUUAAUACACGACAGCGUACAUCUUAUAUCGAUAUUAUGAUUAUAAGAGACAGCACUUUCCUUUCUAGCUUUUCCUCGACACAUCUGACAAGAGUAAGUAUCUACCUAUUAUUGUGUUUACUGUGAUAACAUGUAUUACUUUUGUCGACGCAUUCAUAUGUGUAUAAUUUAUAAGCGCAUAUAUAUUUCUCCGAUAAAUUACAUCAUUCGCUCAUGUCUACAUAGAUUCACCUAGAUUUAUGUCACGUCGAAAUAGCUGUGAUUUACCGAUUGAUUUAUAAUCCUUAUUCUCUUAGGAAGAUUAUUACGAUAUAAUAUAUUAAAUAAAUUGGACGAAUUAAACAC